UAGAAACAUAGGCCGGGAAGUUUUCUUUUCACCCUUUGUCAUACUUUGAGUUAGAAAUGUAAAAAGACGAAGAAGAAAGAAUUGCAUGGCUAUCACCCCUCUUUAAAUGCCUCGAAGUUGUGGAUAGAUGGAGAACCCUACAGCUUCAGCUCAAGUUACCAAAAAUCAGAGCAGUAACCACUAGCAAGUCAAUGGAAAAAAGGCCAGCUUAUAGGAUGUGGCACUUUUGAAAGUGUUUACAUUGCAAGCAACCAGUAAGUUAGCUCUGGGAAUCUUAGACAUGUUCCAUUUUUUUAGAUAUCUAGUCAGCUAAACUUUGACAUAUUAAGUGACAGAAAAACCAGAUCUCUAUGUGCAUGGAAGGAGUUUGAGCUAUUGCCUAAUGAUCCAAAUUUAGCUGAGUGCAUCGAGCAGUUAAAGCAGGGAUUUAAAGGGAGCUAAUUUAUUUGUGGAUGCAUCUGGGAUAUUCAAACUUGCUGACUUUGGGAUUGCUAAACAUCUAACCGGACAAGCAGCUUGCCGCUCUUUGAAGGGAAGUCUAAACUAGAUGGCUCUAGAGGUACUCUGCUUUUGUUAACGUUAAUGCGGCACACUCGGAGGUCCUCCCCCAUACUCGCCGGAUGAACAGAUUUCUCUCGAAUCUCUUGAGGUAAGCCUUUGCGAUAACAUGAGAAAGCUGCUUACGUAUGAGUGGCUGCUCCAUCUUCGAAAUCUUCAAAGUAUCGAGGUCGCUGAGUGCAAAGGAAUGGUGGAGUUGAUAAGCGGAGUGGGACAAGGCCAAGAAGGAAGCAUAACGACUUCUGUAAACAACACUCCUUCAUCCUUCCAGCCUUCUUCAAUUUCUCUCCCAAAGCUAGAGUGUUUGAAGCUACGCUAUCUACACCAGCUGAAGAGCAUAUACAAAGCCCCAAUAAGCUGCGAUUACAUCCGAACAUUCUGCAGUAUUAUGGCAGUGAAAUUGGAUUUAAAGGGAGCUAAUUUAUUUGUGGAUGCAUCCGGGAUAGUCAGACUUGCUGACUUUGGGAUUGCUAAACAUCUCAUACAAUCAUUGAUGGUGAAUAAUUACAGCAUGGAUCUCGAUUGUGCUGCCGACAUGUGGAGUUUGGGACAUACUAUUACUGAAAUGAUAACUGUGAAGCUUCCUAGGAGUGAGUAUGAGCGGGAAGUUUGGGACUAUACAUAUUACCAUUUGGUAUGUGAUCUGUGUCAUGAGUUUCUGUUUAAGGUUGAAUCAUUAAUGCAGGCUCAAGUCAUAUUUAAGGUGAUGUGAAGUUCUCCAGCAAUACCUGAGACAUCAUCUCCCGAGGGAAAGGAUUUCCUGCAGUGCUGCUUUCGAACACAGCCUGCCAAGAAGCCUUCAGCAGCUAUGCCACUUGAGCAUGCUUUCCUGCGAAUUUGAAGUUGCUUAUGAUUGACUUAUUUCAAGUGCCAUACGUUGUUGCAAAUGGAUGUGGUACUGUAAAGUUCCAUAUUUACUAAACUAGAAUAAUCACAGGGUCCAUAGAUGUGAUGAAGUACUUGUAUAUCAACGAAAUAAGAUGCAUGUUCCUCGCGCAUGGUUUGACCAGUGCCAUACUACGAUCUAGGCAAAUUUGACAGUGUUGCUUAAUCUAAACAUUUUACUACA